AUGCCUUUAAAGAAGAAUAAUAGAAAGAAUAAGAAACAGAACCAUAAUAGAGUACUUAAUGUUCGCUUUGGCAGUCAAGAGGUACAGCAAAGAUGGGAUAUGAAGAAGACUACACUCGAGAACUAUGCAAUGAUGGGCCUGCAGUUCUCAAACAGCAUCAGAAAUAAGGAGAGAAGCGAGAAGGCAUUGGCAAAGCUCAAUGUCGUGGCAGACCCCGUCAAGCUCGAUGUUAAGCAACGUCCACCUCGCAUCGAGAGAGGUCUAACCUUUGACGAUCAACAUUAUUACCGCGACCUUAUACUGAAACAUAAUGAUAACUAUGAGAAAAUGAAGAUGGAUAUUGCGCUCAACUUCUGGCAGAGGACUGCUAAGCAAUUGGAGAAUGGUUGCAAGAGAUUCAUUGUAUUGUAUGGACAUCCACUGUUGGAGUCUGAUGAUGAGGAGGAAGUGGAGGAGGAGCAGGUGGCCGAAGCACCAGUCGAGCAAGUAGAACAGAAGCAACAGACACAAACAAAGACACAAGCAAAGACACAAACACAGACACAGACAAAGACACAAACAAAGAAUAAUGCACCACCAGCUAAGCAGGUAGAAGAGGAAGUGGAAGAGGAGGAAGAGGAGGCACCACUGAGUGAGAGUAAACCAAAGACAAAGAUAUUGAAGAAGAAGACAGCGAUGAAGAAGAAGCCAACAGCAGCAGCAUCAACAGCAGUCAAGAAGACAUCGACCAAGUCAGUCUAA